GCAAGUCAUAACUGUUUACUCUACAAUGCACUAGGGACUAUAUUUGUAAACAACGAAAAUUCAAAAUACAAUAACGGUGUCCUCAGACCAUAUAAGUAUUAAUUUGAUCGAAAUCGUCAACAACAAAUCAGAACAAAUAUUUAUUCUCAUUUUUAAAACUAAGGAGCUCAAACUUUGUAUCAGAGAUCCGGAAUGCACACGUCUUCAUCAAUCCAGAAACUUCCAUUGUCUCAGCGACUUGCAUUCAGCAUUGGCCAUUUUCUCAAUGAUCUAACUCAAUCUAUGUGGUUAAGUUAUUUGAUAAUCUAUCUUAGCCAAGUGAAAGAAUUCAAUGAUAUUUCUGCAGGACUAUUACUGUUGAUAGGGCAAGUAAGUGAUGCUCUGUUUAAUCUUUUCAUUGGUCUUGGAUCAGAUAAGACUAAUGGACUGUGCAAAAUGGGAAAACGAAAAACUUGGCAUUUAUUCGGAACUCUUUGUGUCAUAGGAAGUUUUCCCUUCAUCUUUAACAAUUGUACUGCUUGUGAGAAUUCUGACUUUAUGGUACAGUUUUUCUACUAUGCAACGUUUAUUGUCAUUUUCCAUUUCGGAUGGGCCUCUGUACAAAUUAAUCACCUAUCUCUAAUACCAUUACUUACCGCAGACAAAAGAGAAAGAGUUCAACUGAAUGGAAUGAGAUAUGCCUUUCAUGUGAUAUCGAACUUAAUGACAUUUGGUGUUUUUUGGUUGUUGUUUAAUCUUCAUGAUGAGAACACCUCUUCUUCAUCAUUAAACCCGAAAGAUAGUGAUAAAUUUAGGAGUAUCAAACGAUUUUCGAAAUAGUGAUUUACAGAAUUAGUCCAUUGACUAACUGGAUAACUACUAUAUACCAUGCUGAAUUUUGCACAUGGAAUAUAUGUGGUUUACGAUUUUGUUUUUUCAUUCGUUGGGUGUAAGCGUAAAAAGAGUUUUGUCCAGGUUCAUUUAUUUCUAUUGAAUCUAGUGUUAAUACUAGUAGCCAUAGGGAGUGUGUUUUGUUUUAUAUUUCACAUAAUAGUUAAGGAGAAGGAUACAUGUAAUCAAGACAAUGUAGAAGAAAAUCGCGUACCCGAAGAACAUUCAAAUACUACAACUGAAGGUAUUCCAAUCUUAAUGACUUGGAAAUGUUGGCUGAAAGAAAUUCAGUUUUAUCAGAUUGGUGUCGUUUAUAUGUGUGCUAGAAUUUUUGUUAAUGUUACACAGAUUUAUUUACCACUUUUCAUCACAGAAACACUGCAUAUGGAAAAAGACAAUGUUGCUGUGAUACCUCUAGUUGUGUACAUUAGUGGAUUUUUUAUGUCGCUCCUUAUGAAGCCUAUAAAUACGAAAAUAGGAAAAAAGGCUAUUUAUUUUGUUGGAAUCAUUUUUGGAGUAGCAGGAUGUACAUGGAUACACUUUCUGGAAUCAUCAACAUCAACUCAAGCCUAUGGCGUUGCCAUUUUAGUUGGCAUCGGAGGUUCUACUAUGUUGGUUACCGCUUUUGCUAUGAAUGCCGACUUGAUUGGAGGAAAUACGGAAAGUUCUGGGUUUGUAUAUGGAUCAAUCAGUUUUACAGAAAAACUGUCAAGUGGUGUAGUUGUUGUUGUGAUUCAGCAUAUGCAUCCAUGCAAAACCUGUGCGGGAUACUACAGAACAAUAUUGACUUUUGUACCAGCAAGUGCAACAGUAGUUGCAUCAUUAUGUUUGUUGACAUUGUUAUCUACAAAGCUAUGUAACCGUAGUCUGCAAGCAUCAAAAGACGUUAACAAACACGUUGAUGAUAUUGCUGUCAAAAUGGAUGAAAACAAUGCACAAGUACAAAUUACAAAAUUUUGAAGGUUUCCGAUUUUGAAGAUACUGGACGACGGUAUACCUACGGAUAUAAGUUGAUGAAAAUAACAAUGUCUACGGUGUCAUUGACAAAUUUAUAUGAUAUCAAGGCAAACAUUCUGGUCAUCAUAAGUAUUUCCUUUUGUAACUGAGUGACGAUGCAGUAGAAAGUAUACUCAUCAACAAAAGAAGCGAUACCAAUUACUGAGUUUGCGUACAUAUUGAAAUUGGAUACACGAGACCAAGCUAAAAAAAAGUACCCGAUUGGUCCAAUGUUUUCUCGUCAAUACCAUUGAUUUAAUGCAUUAAACGCGAAACUUUGUAUUCGCAAUCAGUCAAUUUAAAAAAAUACUUUUUUCACCCAAAAUUUUAAAAACCUAUAACUGAACGUAACUCUUGACAAACAUAAACAUGGUCUGGUGUCAAUUUUGAAUUUCCUACUCGGAUAUUUAAUUUCAAAAUCCUCAUUUUCAAAUUGAAUAUCGAUUUUUGUCACCAUUUUCCACAAGAUGAAGGUGACACCUUUGUUAAAAAACACGGUAUUUUCUCACCUUCCGACUUGAUCAUGUUUUUUAGAAUCACAUGUACUUGCCUUGCAAAUGAAUUUUUUUCCUUGAAUGAUUUUUAACAGUUAUUAGAACAAAUGAUAAAUAUAAAUUAAAACUUGCGUAUCGUUAUUUUUGUUGACAAGUAUAUAUGUAAACAUUUUCCAUUAAUUACUUCCAAGCUUUUAAAAUUGAGUAGGUUUGGUAAGGCCUCUUUUUAGGCUUUUUAUACUUUUUAUACUCUUGAAUUCGAAAAGUAUCAUUAAUCUAUAAUAACAACUUAAUUCGGGUAUUCAGAAGAAAUUUGUUUGUCAGAUAUAGCCAUUAAAAAAAUUAAAAAUUGUAUCUUA